AUGUUCGCCAAGCUUACGUUCGUUGCUCUCUGCGUUGCCACCGCACAGGCUGGCUUGUUGCCCUUUGCAGCUGCACCAGCUCCACUGGCAGCCGGCGUGGUGGCACCCUACGCCUCCAGCUUUAAUGCCCAUCGCAUAAAUCAUGCCGUCGCCUUCCCCGUGGCACCCGCUCCAGUGCCUGUGCCUGUCGCUGCACCUGCCCCGGUCGCCUUUGCUGCACCCGCUCCCGUCGCCCUGCCUGCUAAGGUUGGAUUUGCUGCGCCUGCUUUUGCGCCAGCACCGCUGCCUGCCCCACUUGGCUUUGCGGCUCCUGCUUUGGCGCCAGCACCCGCUGUGGCUCUUGCAGCUCCACCCAAGGUAGCUUUUGCAGCCCCCGCUCUGGCACCAGCACCUCUGGCUCCUCUAGGUUUCGCUGCACCCGCCCCGGUUGCUUUUGCGGCACCUGCUAAGAUAGGAUGCAGUUAUGCA